AUGUGCCUGCCUUCUGAGCGCGCAGAGGCGCUGCAAGCAAUGACACUUGAUGAGAAUGUAGCCAUGUUGUCAACUUUGGGGCUGUUCGGCUUCAUCUUUUCAUCAUUCUCUGCCAUCGGUAGAGCAUACCUGACAUUCUAUUGCAACGUGGCUGUUGCUCUUGCUGCUGUCGCCAUAUUGCUAUUUGCACACUUUCCUCCUUCCGGAAGCAGGUUGGAGGUUAAAGACGAUGGCGAGGAGUAG